AAUCUCUUGCAGAUGCUUUUGCUGUUGAUGCUGCUCUCGACCAUUUGCUGUGCGGACUUGCAACAGGAUGAGCAGGAGGAUCUGCAGCCGGAGCACUACGAUGGACGUUCGUUCUUCUUUCUGGGCACUUUGUUUCGUCGCUGGCGAGAUCGUUGGCUCGCUUUCCACAAUCCUGCUCCGCUUUACGCUGGCGCCGCGUUUCCCAUUAAUGGUUAUUACAAUUGUCCGCCCUUUGGCUGCAAUCCUGCUGGCAUUGGACCUCAACCUGGUUACUAUCCACCCUACUACGGAUCAUCACUGCAGCAGCAACAACAACAACAGCAACAGGCGCAGGGCAACAGCAAUGUGUACAUCUAUCAGACGGAUCAGAAUAGUGCGAGUUCAGCAACUGGCAGCAUGCCGCCUUAUGGCUCUGCUUUCCUUGGUCCAGCGCGACAGCCAACGCCUUUGCUGCCGCCUUCCUCCUCUUCACCACAGGCACCACCGUUUCCUCCUCUACCUCCACUUCCCCCGCGGCCCAUUCCUUUGCCUCCGGCCACGUUGCCGCCUCAAGUAAGCGCCAGCAGCAGCAGCAGCGGCGCCGGCGGUGGCAGCAACUUUGGCUUUGGAGCUGUUCCUCUGCCUGUUCCGCUUCCCGUAGCUGGCUGCUGUGCCCUGGGCUAA